AAUGCUAAGGUAGCAGCUGGCAAGCGGGAGAGUUAGCUUAUUGACGCUCAGAUUCCCCUUAAACUUAAUGAAUAGAAGUAUUUAGUACACACAAAAUGUUUUAAUUGUUAAAUAUUUUGUGUACUAAGGUAAUACGGGAAAUACGUGAUGCCUAAGCUGCAAUAAACGGUCCGUUAGUUUAACUUAACCAUUAGCUCGGCGUGUGAAACUACAUUGUUGACGUGAGCUCUAUUGUUUUAGGUAAAGGGUAAAUCAGUCUCCUGAGCUGCUGUGUUGUGGUUCUGCAGAUCUGAGCUGGUCAUAGCUGGUCAUGGCUGAUCCUGCGCGGAUAAAGGUGGAUGAUAAACCCGCAGAUUCAGCUUCCACGUCCGAGGAGCGUCUCAAAACCGAGGAGAGCGAGAAUACGCCUGUAGCUGAGAAAUCUGCAGACGAAAGCAAGGAGCCAUCCCAACAAGAUCAGCCUAAAGGAGAGGUCAAAGCUGAAGCUGCAGCAGGAGAUGAGGAUGAAGAGGGAACUUCUGGCCAGUCUGCUGCCAAAAGACUGAAGGUGGAACCAGAGAAGAAAAAGGAAAAGCGCCAAAAGGUUGAUGAGGAUGAAAUCCAAAAAAUGCAAGUUUUGGUUUCAUCCUUUUCGGAGGAGCAGUUAAAUCGCUAUGAGAUGUACAGACGCUCAGCCUUCCCAAAGGCUGCCAUUAAAAGGCUAAUCCAGUCCAUAACAGGAUCUACAGUAUCCCAGAAUGUGGUUAUUGCCAUGUCUGGUAUUUCCAAGGUUUUCGCUGGGGAAGUUGUUGAAGAAGCACUGGAUGUUUGUGAAAAGUGGGGAGAUACGCCACCACUUCAGCCCAAGCACAUGAGGGAAGCAGUGAGGAGGCUGAAGAGCCGAGAUCAGAUUCCCAACACCAAAUACAAGAACAUUCUGUUUCACUAAAGCAGCCGAGCAGCAGCCAGCAGGAGGACGCUGGUGAUUAAAGGCUGGUGCCUGAUAUUAAAAUCAAUCACUGCUCUACUAACUUUAAACUCUGUGUUUGUAAAUCAAGACAGCCAUGACAUUAAAUGGAAAUGAGGCCACUGUCAAGUCACACCAACAUGUAGAUACAAUUUUAUAUUUAAAUGUGUGGCCAUUGUGCCUUAUUUAGUUGCUUUUUGAGCAUUAGUUCAGAAAUGUGUCCUGUUUUAUUUCAGUCAUACAAGUACAUGAUAUUUAAUGUUCACUUUUUCUUUGCAAAUUCAGUUACAAAGUGAAAAGACUUGAUCUAUAAUCUGAAUAUUAUCACUUGAUUGAAACAGUAGUUAUUAUAUUUUGGUUGUGACCCAAACAAAAUGUGUAGAUAUGUUGUUUUUUUUUGUACAUUCACCAUUUUUACCAAGUGUACCCAAGAAAGUGGACAUUGAGUGUAUUUAACUUUUUUAGGUUGAAUUUCAACUAUGAAUCCCAGCAGUAAAACAACCAGAACACAUUUGAGCGUCAAAGGUUCCUAUGAACAUUAUGAGUGAAUCAAACAUUUUACAUAACGAGAAAAAAUAAAAGUCAAAACCAAA